UCUUCCCAUCCACGGAUCCUCCAGACCCAAUCUUCCAUCCAGAGAAUCGAUGAGAGAAGAGAGAAAUAAAUCCACGGUGCUGCUGCUGAUCUUUCUCCCGGCGGCGGCGCCGCCUCUCUCUCUCUCUCGGUGCCGCUGCGGCCCUGCCACUCUCUCUCUUCCCGACGUCGCUCCCCCUCCGCCAUCGCUCUCUUCUUGCCGUCGCUCUCCCUCGAGCCAAGACGGGAGGAGUUCCUGCCCCCACCACCGACGCGCCCCCGUCGGCUACGCUAGAAGAUCUUGCCGCUGGCCGAGAAUCACGUCGCCACUCCGCCCAUCGGUGCAUUGUUCUUCUCUAUUCUCGGGAUUCCAUGGCGCGGGAGAUGGAAUGAGAAACGGGGACUUUUUUUUGGCUUGAUGAGUUUUAGCAUGUUCCAAAUUUUUUGGCUUUGGCACCGGCCCCACAACGUUGUCCUACGGUGCUAAAUGUCACCCUAAAAUCUCCAGAAUGAAUGUGGACAACCACGGGCUUUUUUGCAACCUCAAGGAUAACUUUUUUGCAUAUGGUGGACACCUUAACGGAACUAGCCCAUAUCCGUAGGGAAUGAGAGGAAUUUUUUGCGGCAGUGGCCCCUUAGCCAACGUCUUUGGCAAAAUGUACCGUAGUACGCUCGCCCUUGCGGUCAAUGCAAUUGGCGAAAAGGCCUUUCGCUGAUGCCAUUGGAGGAAACGGCCGCAGAAAAUUGGAAUGAGAGAGUACGGAACUGAGAGGGUACAGAGUAGAAGAGGAGGUUCGGGUUUUCGAAAGAAAAAAAAUUUAAUUUUUCUCUUAAAUUUGUCAAAAAAUAGAUGUAUCUAUUUUGACAAAAUGCAUAGAUCACGUAAAAUUUCAGGAAUUAUGCAAGAGAAUACUCCGUAUUCGUGUCCCCUUCCCGCACCCCAAUACCGGGCUCGCCGCCGCGCUCGGUGCUCCCACUCCGAAGUCCCAAACCCAAGCAGCAAAGGACAGCGUCUUGGUUCGCGGCAACAGCAAAUCCAAGAUGUGCGGCAGGGCCCGGUGCACCCUCAGUCCGGCCCAGAUCGCUAGGGCCUUCGGCUUCCCGACCACCGGCGCGGCCGGGGGAGGGGACGGCGGCGGCGGCGCCGGCGCCGCAGGAGGAGGAGAUGCUCCAGCCGUGCCAACGCUCCAGAUGGACAGGUUCCGGCCGUCGUAUAACGUGUCGCCCGGGGCGUACCUGCCGGUGGGGGUGCGGGCACGGACGGUGGAUGGCGACGGAGGAAGAGAAGGUGAGGGGGAGCUUGAGCCAGUUAUCCAGUGCAUGAAGUGGGGGCUCGUACCCAGCUUCACAAGCAAGACCGAGAAGCCCGACCAUUUCAGGAUGUUCAAUGCCAGAUCAGAGUCCAUAAAGGAAAGGGCUUCGUUUCGACGACUUGUCCCAAAGAAUAGGGGUCUUGUUGCCGUAGAAGGGUUCUAUGAGUGGAAAAAGGAUGGAUCAAAAAAGCAACCAUAUUACAUUCAUUUCCAAGAUCAGAGGCCUCUUGUUUUUGCUGCCCUAUUUGACACGUGGAAAAAUUCAGAAGGCGAGACCCUCCAUACAUUCAGUAUUCUGACUACUUGUGCCUCAACUUCUUUGAAGUGGCUUCAUGAUAGAAUGCCGGUAAUCCUGGGUGAUAACAACUCUGUUAAUGCUUGGUUGAACAAUGGAUCUGUGAAGCUUGAAGAAAUUACUGUACCCUAUGAAGGAGCUGAUCUAGUUUGGUAUCCAGUGACAACUGCAAUGGGCAAAACUUCUUUUAAUGGCCUGGAGUGCAUCCAAGAGGUAAAAUUGAGACCUAGCGAAAAGCCAAUUUCAGAAUUCUUCACGAAGAAAGCGGCUGUUAAUUGCCAAGGAAUAAAGCCCGAGAAGACAUCACGUGAGAUUACGGAAUCACAAGUCUUCAGAACUGCAAAAGAGGAAUGUGAUGAAUCAGAAGAAAAUCAGCUGGACAAAACAGACAAACAGCAGCCUGCGGAGAACCAAGAGGCUGCUUGUGUAGUUAAAGAUGAACCUGCUACUUUGGAACUGCAAACUUUUCAUCCUGCUCAAAUCAUUGAAAAGGAAGCCGUUACAGUGCCAGAUGACGCAAACCAGAAAGAUGAUCUUUUCAGAACCAAGAGGAAGAUUGAGGACACUGAAGUCAAUGCGGAGGUGAAGACACAGAAAAGUUGCAGGUCGACCAUUCUUCCUGUGAAAAAGAAAGAAAAAGGUGCAAAAUCUUCUUCGGAUGGACAAGCGUCGCUGCUUUCAUUCUUUGCGAAAAAGUAACUCUCGUAGGUAGGUUAGUUUUGUGCAUUUAGUUGUUCGGUAGUAGUAUAACAGAACAUUAUCUAGUUGUUAUCCACAUUACUGCUAAGUAAUCAUACGAUUUAAAGCCAGAUUUAAUAACAGUAGUUGGCCGGGCUCUGAACUUAUGCGUAUGAUUUUGUUUCCUAGGAAAUCAUGCAGUGGAAGAUCCUGAAUUUGAGAA